AUGUCGAACCAAUUCAUUGGACUCACCAUGCUGGUGACGCUCAGUUCUCCCCCAGGCGCCCAACUGAGAGGUGUGGUGAGCAGCAUUGAACCGGGGAAGAGCUUGACUCUGCGGAAUGUCACUGCCCCUGCAAGCGGAAAAUACCUUCCUGAAUUCACUAUCAAUGCUGCCGAAAUUGUCGAGUUAAUCGAAGCCGUGAAGGAGAAUGACAUACCCCUAGUUCCUGCACCCGCCGCUGCGCCGGUGCAUAUGCUGCAUAAACCGAAAGCAUUUGAGGAUCCAGCUAUACUGAGUGUAGGGAAGAGGCCCACACCUACCGGCCAGCCAAACGUUGCUUCAGAAUGGCACGUGAGUUCUAUGGAAAGGUCGGAUACGGUACGAAAGAUUGGAUCUAGGGAUGAGGAACCACUUUACGACAUUACACCUGCUGCAAGUUUGGUUGACCCCAUGCAGAAUGUCAAUCUCGGUGAUGUUGGGGCGAAUCUUGGGAUCGAAGCACAAAUUCUACAGGAACUUGCCACGGAAGAGGAGAUCCCGGAGCAGUUAGUCGUUAAGUCAGGCAAGAGGAGUCGUAGAAGAAGGGGCCAAGGACGGAGAGAAGAAGUGAAGGAGCCAGAUGUCACCCCUGUUAGGGAUACUACACGGUCGAAGGGCUGGAGACAAACUCCGUUACUGGAACCGAACCCGUCAUUUCAACCUUUCUCGACGCUCAAACGAAAGAACCACCGCGCCAAUGGGAAGGCCGAUGAAAAUGGCUGGGCAACGGAGGAUGCUACAGAUGUGCAGGACAUGGGCGACUUUGACUUUGCGGGAAGUCUGGCAAAGUUUGAUAAGCAUACGGUCUUCAAUCAGAUUCAAGCGGAGGAUAGUGUUGCCGACGAGGACCGAUUAGUUUCCCAUAAUAGGCUACCUAAGGCAAAGCCAGGGACAGCUGGAGGGAAGAACCUCCAUUAUACGGAAAACGUUCUUGAGACACCAAGUGCUGCGGCGAAAACCAAAAAUGAUCCCUGGAAGAGCGAAGCUGGCGAUAGUGGCUUGGAUGACAGGGCUAGUCAAAGGGGCAGUGGAAGUGGUAGACGCUCAAGAAAGACCGAGAGGGCUGAGAGCAAGUUGAGUCUUAGUCGGCGGCCUGUCUCUCGAAAAUCAAGCUCUAUUAUUGGGGUCCCACCUACCCGCACUCUUUCUGUACCAGCCGCUUCUGGAAAGCCCUCUUUCUACUUGGUGCCAUCUGACCGGCGUUGCGAGCCUAUCUCAGCACUGCAAAUGCUUAAUCUUGAAAACAUUGCUGAUACCGAACUUGGUCUUUCAGAAGAUAUGAUGGCCGAGAAUGCCGGCCGUGGGAUUGCUGAAGUUGCGCUCUCAGCCGUCAAUGCUGGGGGCGGCAGAUUGACUCAAGGAAAGAGCAACAAUAUACCAACAGUUGUGGUUCUGGCCGGAAAUAACAAAAGCGGCCUACGGGCUGUCGCUUCUGGUCGACAUCUUCGAAAUCAUGGGCUGAAUGUCGUCAUUUGUGUCCUCGGCCUGGAGCGUGAAUCAGAGCUUCUAGUAGGUUUGAGACGCCAGCUAAAAGUCUUUCGUGGCUUCGGCGGCAAAGUAUUCAACAAGGUCGAGCUUCUGGAAUAUAUAAAAACUCUCCAUGUCCCCCUCGAACUCAUUAUCGAUGGUCUGCUUGGACUAACAAUCUCUUUCGAAGAACUGAGAACUGGCGACCAAGCUACGGCCUAUGAGUUAAUUGAAUGGGCAAAUAGAAGCACAUGCUCCGUUCUAGCAAUCGAUAUUCCCACCGGUAUUGACCCGGCCAGCGGAAAGGUUAGCAUAAUUGAUGGUCGGAAACUUUAUAUUCACACAAAUUACGUCGUUACCAUGGGAGCGCCAAAAAAGGGCCUACUGGAAGCCAUGGCGUUAGGUGAAGGCGUUGCUGAUGAAGACGGGACUGGACAGGACAAGGAAUGGCAGCUAUUCGUCGCGGAUAUUGGGCUAGGCGCUGCUGUGUGGAGGAAGGCAGGAACUCGAGUUCGCAGGGGGGUCGAAUUUGAAGGAAGCUGGGUGCUGGGCAUGAGGUUCCAGGGCGGAUCGGAGUAG